AAUGUGAUUAGAAUCCUUUUAACCCCGCGAAAUGGGCCGAAUUGAGCUCUAUGCAGAGCUUUUGACUAACAUUCGCACCGUAACGCUCGUCGCUUCACUCCACACAGAAAGUAACCAGGAAACCCGAAUAGAGCUUUCUGGAGAUGGUUCUAUGAUAAGUAUUCAACAUGAGGGCAUCUCCGCAUCCCUCCGCUUGCCGAGCCGGAUGGCUGGCGGUGGUACCGCAGCUCUUACUCUACCACCCCGUCCGUCUAAGGAUUUGACUUUGCGGUUAAAGGUGGAAGAAACCGAGCCGGGCUUGAUCGCAUUCGAGCAUAGCGAUGAGAAUUUGGUGCCAUGGCCAGCAACUGCGAUGGAUGAUGCCAGUGGAGUUCAAUGUCGGCAGUGCGGUGUCUCGUUGUUGAGAAUGCAGGAUGUCAAUGAGUGGAGGGACCUCCCGAAUGAGAAUUGGGCCGAGAUGAUGGACUUUUGGCAUUGUCACAAACCACAUGAGCAUGAAACUCAUGACGCUGAAGAUACGCAAAAAAAAGGGUACUCGGCAUCUAGCAAGCUGACUGCGCGAGCUGGCGUUGGAUACGUUGGAUUGACCUAUCUUAUACUUGCGGAAGUCGACUGCGAGAAUAUUCAGGCUGCCGAUCCAACAGAGUCUUCUGUCCUGCAAUGCACGCGUUGUGGACUGGCGUUAGGCAUUGUUGAUCCGGCUACUGAGGGAUGGAAGCUGUACAAAUGGAGUCUAAGUAUUUCUAGAGAAGACUCCUCCAAACAAUGCUUCACCAACUUGAAGUGGAUAUCAACGCAGUUGCUUUCUGCAGUUGAAAAUUCAGGCGUUCGUCGUUUCGUGGUUGAGCCUGCUCGGUCUGAUAAAGAUGGAUCAAAUGCGCUUCUAUUAUGGCUCUUCACAGACUCACUCUCGUUUUCCUCGUCAUAUCAGUUUUUCAAGCGGCGAGAUCCCACACGCGCCAUGAAAAUAAUGUGGAAGCGUAUACAAAAUGCGUCCGAAACAAUGGAAUCCCGUCAUUUCUCACAUGAACACUUAGUGUUCCCUCCUCAUAUCUACGAGACCCUCAAAAAUGGUCUCCAGGAAAGUCAGUUUCUAUUGCCUCAAGCUGCAAGGAAAUUCCAGGACUGGCAUGUUGGGCUUCUAGAGAGGUUCAGCUGGGAAGAUGUUAGCGGUACUGAUGCAACAGUGCUGCCAGCACCAAAAGCUCCGGCGAAUGAGACUGAAGAACAGGAAGCCGAGAAAAACAAUAGAGAUGCCAUCAAGAAGAUUCAAGGUAGCGAGGCUUUGCUGGAGUAAACUUCUAUUAGAACGGGAAACGUGACGUAUCCUCUGACUACUUUUUAAUCCGCGAGCGAUGAAUAUAGUCCAAGACUCCCCAUACAUCCAUUAUGGUAGAGACGAGCGAUGAUAUCAUUUUACACAGUAAACAGAACAAUUCUGGGAUCUUCUAAUCAGUUCUCAACCGAAGCCGUCCACUCCACAAUGCGGAAGUCGGUCUCAAUAUUUCUGCGCCACUUCUGAGAAUUAUCAUCUGGAUCAACUUCACGUCC